CCUAAACCUCCUCUUUAUCUCUACUUCUCUCAGUCUUCUCUCCGCAACAGAGAAAUGGCCGUCGGGAAGAACAAGAGGAUUUCCAAAGGCAAAAAGGGUGGAAAGAAGAAGGCGGCUGAUCCAUUUGCUAAGAAGGAUUGGUAUGAUAUAAAGGCACCGUCUGUUUUUGAGGUUCGAAAUGUCGGAAAGACUCUUGUUUCCAGAACUCAGGGCACUAAGAUUGCUUCUGAAGGGCUAAAGCAUAGAGUAUUUGAGGUAAGCUUGGCUGAUCUUCAGAAGGAUGAGGAUCAUGCAUUCAAGAAGAUCCGUUUGAGGGCAGAAGAUGUGCAAGGCAAAAAUGUCCUCACAAAUUUCUGGGGAAUGAAUUUUACAACAGACAAAGUCAGGUCCCUGGUUCGUAAGUGGCAGACAUUGAUUGAGGCUCAUGUGGAUGUCAAGACAACAGACAAUUACACCCUUAGGAUGUUUUGCAUUGGAUUUACAAAGAAGCGUGCAAACCAACAGAAGAGGACCUGUUAUGCUCAGUCAAGUCAGAUCCGUCAGAUUCGGAAGAAAAUGGUUGAGAUCAUGAGAAACCAAGCAAGUUCCUGUGAUUUGAAGGAGCUGGUUGCCAAAAUCAUCCCGGAGUCAAUCGGCAGAGAGAUAGAGAAGUCAACUACAAGCAUCUUCCCUUUGCAAAAUGUUUACAUUCGCAAAGUGAAGAUCCUCAAGGCACCCAAAUUUGAUCUGGGCAAGUUGAUGGAGGUUCAUGGUGACUAUUCAGAGGAUGUUGGCGUGAAGUUGGAUAGGCCAGCUGAGGAAACAGUAGUAGAGGGAGAAACUGAAGUUGUUGGUUCGUAAUGUCUUCAGUAUUAUGGUUAAUUACUAGAUGAAUUUAUGUCAAUCCUUGAAACCAGAUUUUGGUUGUUUAAUUUAAUUAAAGUUUUGCCUUAUGUUUGUUGACAUAACGGGUUGUCUGAUUGUGAAAACCUAAAAGGAUUUUAUUGCUGAUUUAUCAAAUAUAGAUUCAUAUAUCA